CGUGUUGUUGUGGAGCAGCCCGGAUCUCCAUCUCCAUCAGAAAACCUCCUCGGCCGAAACAGCAAAACCCUUUCCCUCCCUCCUCUCAGAUCUCCUCCUCUCCCUCACACCCCAAACCCUAGCUUCGCCCAGCCCCCAACCAUGGCGGCGAUGAUGCAACCGCAGAUCAUCCUGCUCAAGGAGGGCACGGACACGUCGCAGGGGCGCGCGCAGGUGGUGAGCAACAUCAACGCGUGCACGGCGGUGGCGGACACCGUGCGGACCACGCUGGGGCCCCGGGGCAUGGACAAGCUCAUCCACGACGACAAGGGCGGCGUCACCAUCUCCAACGACGGCGCCACCAUCAUGCGCCUCCUUGACAUCGUGCACCCCGCCGCCAAGAUCCUCGUCGACAUCGCAAAGUCACAGGACUCCGAGGUCGGUGAUGGAACUACUACUGUGGUGCUUCUAGCUGGAGAAUUCUUAAAGGAAGCAAAACCUUAUGUUGAGGAUGGAGUGCACCCCCACAGUCUAAUUCGCAGUUAUAGGGCUGCGGGCAAUAUGGCAAUUCAAAGGGUUAAAGAAUUGGCAGUUAGCAUAGAAGGGAAAAGCCUUGAAGAGAAGAAAUCAUUGCUAGCCAAGUGUGCUGCCACAACACUCUCAUCAAAACUGAUUGGUGGUGAAAAAGAAUUCUUUGCUUCUAUGGUUGUGGAUGCUGUCCUUGCCAUUUGCAAUGAUGACAGGCUUAAUCUUAUUGGGAUUAAAAAGGUUCCUGGAGGUACCAUGAGAGAUUCAUUUCUGGUGAAUGGUGUGGCAUUCAAGAAGACAUUUUCAUAUGCUGGAUUUGAGCAGCAACCAAAGAAGUUCCUAAAUCCAAAGAUUCUUUUGUUGAACAUUGAACUAGAAUUGAAAUCUGAGAAAGAAAAUGCAGAGAUCAGAUUAUCAGAUCCUCUGCAAUACCAAUCAAUUGUCGAUGCUGAAUGGAACAUUAUUUAUGACAAACUGGAUAAAUGUGUGAAAAGCGGAGCAAAGAUAGUUCUGUCUCGGUUAGCUAUUGGUGAUCUGGCAACACAGUAUUUUGCAGACCGAGACAUUUUCUGUGCCGGUCGUGUCACUGAAGAGGACCUGCAACGAGUGGCUGCAGCAACUGGUGGAACCGUUCAAACUUCUGUAAAUAAUGUCAUUGAUGAGGUACUUGGUUCUUGUGAGGUAUUUGAGGAAAAACAAGUGGGCAAUGAAAGAUUCAACAUAUUUAGUGGCUGCCCUUCUGGUCAGACAGCAACUAUUGUCCUCCGUGGUGGUGCAGACCAGUUCAUUGAGGAAGCUGAACGAAGUCUCCAUGAUGCCAUCAUGAUUGUUAGGAGAGCUCUUAAGAACUCUACAGUCGUGCCGGGUGGUGGUGCAAUUGAUAUGGAAAUAAGCAAGUAUCUCAGACAGCAUGCACGAACCAUUGCUGGGAAGUCUCAGUUCUUUGUAAAUUCGUUUGCUAAAGCCCUUGAGGUUAUUCCACGACAACUUUGUGAUAAUGCUGGAUUUGACGCAACUGAUGUGCUCAACAAGCUCAGGCAGAAACAUGCAUCUGGUGAUGGUGCUAAUUAUGGUGUAGACAUAAACACUGGUGGAAUUGCUGAUUCCUUUGCUAACUUUGUGUGGGAGCCUGCUGUUGUUAAGAUCAAUGCUAUAAAUGCCGCAACAGAAGCUUCCUGCCUUAUCCUGAGCGUCGACGAAACAGUGAAAAACCCAAAGUCUGAGAGCGCACAAGGUGAUGCUGCAGCUGGUGCAAUGGCUGGUCGUGGAGGAGGUGCAAUGCGAGGCCGUGGCGGGAGGGGCAUGCGCAGGCGGUAAAUUGAGCCACGUCGACUCUGUAACUUCAUGUUUUUGAUCGCCUGAGGGCUGUUGUAUCAUAACUGCACGUGUGAUGUGAGUGAUUCAGAAGCAAUGAUAGCCUUUGUUUCAGAACAGCAGAGAUAUACCAGGCAUUUAUGAAUGUAGCCGCCACCGGUUGUGAUAUAGUUAGAUCUGAGCCUUGUUUUUUUUUCUCUCGAGCUAAAGGAUGUAUUCCUUUUGUUGCGAUCCUUGUGCGCUGAAGCCUAAAAUUCUGUGCGUUGUUUUU